AUGGGCAACGCGGCCAUGUGCAAGGUGUGCGGCUCGGACAAGGCCCUGAGGACUGCCGGGAGCCGGUCUAACCUGGACCAGAACGCUUUGCCAGACUUCUACUGUGUGGAGCAUUUUCCUGUGCAGCCUCCAAUGAUGCUGUCGGACAGUAACACCAGUUUCCUGCGAGCGGCGAGAGCAGGGAACAUCGACAAGGUUUUGGAAUAUCUGAAAGGGGGAGUGGACAUCAGCACCUGCAAUCAGAAUGGUCUUAAUGCACUGCACCUGGCAGCCAAGGAGGGCCACGUGGAUCUGGUCCAGGAGCUGUUGGAGAGAGGCGCCGCAGUGGAUUCAGCCACAAAGAAAGGAAACACAGCCCUUCACAUAGCCUCGCUAGCUGGUCAGGCUGAAGUGGUGAAGAUCCUGGUUAAACGAGGAGCGGACAUCAAUUCCCAGUCGCAGAAUGGAUUCACUCCUCUGUACAUGGCCGCCCAGGAGAACCACAUGGAUGUGGUGCGCUACCUGCUUGAGAACGGAGGCAACCAGAGCACUGCUACUGAGGAUGGCUUCACCCCGCUGGCCAUCGCCCUCCAGCAGGGCCACAACCAGGUGGUCUCGGUCCUGCUGGAGAACGACACCAAGGGCAAGGUCCGCCUGCCGGCCUUGCACAUCGCCGCCCGCAAGGACGACACCAAGUCGGCCGCCCUGCUCCUCCAGAACGACCACAACGCCGAUGUCCAGUCGAAGAUGAUGGUCAAUAGGACUACUGAGAAUGGCAAGAGUGGAUUCACCCCCCUGCACAUCGCUGCCCACUACGGCAACGUCAACGUGGCCACGCUCCUGCUGAACCGAGGGGCGGCGGUCGACUUCACGGCCAGGAACGGGAUUACUCCUCUUCAUGUGGCGUCCAAGCGGGGCAACACUAACAUGGUGGGCCUGUUACUGGACCGUGGCUCCCAGAUUGAUGCUAAAACAAGGGACGGUCUGACUCCCCUACACUGUGCUGCCCGGAGUGGACACGAUACAGCUGUGGAGGUCCUGCUGGAGAGAGGUGCACCCUUGCUGGCCAGGACCAAGAACGGGCUGUCUCCUCUCCACAUGGCGGCACAAGGCGACCACGUCGAAUGCGUCAAGCACCUCCUGCAGCACAAGGCUCCCGUGGACGACGUGACGCUGGACUACCUGACGGCGUUGCACGUGGCGGCUCACUGCGGCCACUACCGGGUCACCAAACUGCUGCUGGACAAGAGGGCCAACCCCAACGCCAGGGCGCUGAACGGCUUCACUACGCUGCACAUCGCCUGUAAGAAGAACCGAGUGAAAGUGAUGGAGCUGCUGGUGAAAUACGGAGUCAUCCAGGCCAUUACAGAGUCCGGACUGACCCCCAUCCACGUGGCGGCCUUCAUGGGUCACCUGAACAUCGUGCUGCUGCUGCUGCAGAACGGCGCCUCGUCCGACGUCAGCAACAUCCGCGGUGAAACGGCGUUACACAUGGCGGCCAGGGCGGGCCAGGUGGAGGUGGUCAGGUGUCUGCUGAGGAACGGAGCCAUGGUGGACGCCAGGGCGCGGGAGGACCAGACCCCCCUCCACAUUGCGUCCCGCCUGGGUAAGACCGAGAUCGUCCAGCUGCUGCUGCAGCACAUGGCCCACCCGGACGCCGCCACCACCAACGGCUACACCCCCCUCCACAUCUCGGCCCGGGAGGGCCAGGUGGAGACGGCCUCCGUCCUGCUGGAGGCUGGAGCUUCGCACUCGCUGGCCACCAAGAAAGGUUUCACUCCCCUGCAUGUGGCCUCCAAGUACGGAAGCCUGGAUGUGGCCAAGCUUCUGCUGCAGCGUCAUGCUCCAGCGGAUUACGCUGGAAAGAACGGCCUCACCCCGCUCCACGUCGCGGCACACUACGACAACCAGAAGGUGGCGCUCCUGCUUUUGGACAAAGGAGCGUCCCCCCACGCCAUGGCCAAGAACGGCUACACCCCGCUCCACAUCGCGGCUAAGAAGAACCAGAUGGACAUCGCCACCGUGCUGCUGCAGUACGACGCCGAGACCAACAUCCUGACCAAGCAGGGCGUCACCCCGCUCCAUCUGGCCUCCCAGGAGGGCCACGCCGACAUGGCGGCCCUGCUGAUGACCAAGGCGGCCCAGGUCAACAUCCAAACUAAGAGCGGCCUGACUGCCCUCCAUCUGGCAGCCCAGGAGGACAAAGUGGCCGUCGCCGAGAUCCUCGCCAAAAACGGAGCCAACCUCGACCAGCAGACCAAAUUGGGAUACACCCCGCUAAUCGUGGCGUGUCACUACGGCAACGCCAAGAUGGUCAACUUCCUGCUUCAGAAUGGAGCCAAUGUCAACGCCAAGACCAAGAACGGAUACACUCCCCUUCACCAGGCAGCGCAGCAAGGAAACACACACAUCAUCAACCUGCUGCUGCAAAGCGGUGCCAAGCCCAACGCCAUCACCGUGAACGGGAACACUGCCCUGGGGAUCGCUCGGAGGCUGGGCUACAUCUCGGUGGUGGACACGCUGAGGGUCGUCACCGAGGAGAUCAUAACCACCACAACGACGGUGACGGAGAAACACAAGCUGAACGUGCCAGAGACCAUGACUGAAGUGCUGGAUGUCUCGGAUGAAGAGGCAUUGAGAGCCAUUGAUGAUGAUGAUGAUGUAAUGUCAGACGACCCCAUGGAUGUGGAAGGUGAUGACACGAUGACAGGCGACGGAGGGGAGUAUCUGAGGGCGGAGGACCUCAGGGAGCUGGGAGAUGACUCCCUGCCAGGACAGUAUCUGGAUGGGAUGAACUACCUCCGCUUCAGCUUGGAGGGGGGGCGCAUCGACAGUCAAAGGCCAAGUUCCGACAGGUCCUUCACCCCCACUCACCACAGCUACUACUCCCCCAAACACGAAGGCAUGAUGGAGGAGAUGCUUGCCAGUCAACAGCUUUCGUCGCUGGCCAUAGAGAACGAGAGGGAUUCGUAUCGCCUGAGCUGGGGCACAGAGAACCUGGACAACGUGGUGUCCUCCAGCCCCGUUCACUCCGGCCAUUCCUCUCCGUGCCCUGAUCAUGGAGACCACAGCAGCUUCCUGGUCAGCUUCAUGGUGGACGCCAGGGGCGGAGCCAUGCGCGGCUGCCGGCACAACGGCCUCCGCAUCAUCAUCCCGCCCAGGAAGUGCAGCGCGCCCACGCGGGUGACGUGCCGGCUGGUGAAGAGGCACCGUCUGGCCACCAUGCCCCCGAUGGUUGAGGGCGAGGGCCUGGCCAGCAGGAUCAUCGAGGUGGGGCCCUCCGGAGCCCAGUUCCUCGGUAAACUCCACCUCCCCACCGCCCCUCCGCCUCUUAAUGAGGGAGAGAGUUUGGUUAGCAGAAUCCUCCAGCUCGGCCCGCCGGGGACAAAAUUCCUUGGUCCUGUGAUUGUGGAGAUCCCACACUUUGCCGCCCUGAGGGGAAAAGAGAGGGAGCUGGUGAUUCUGAGGAGUGAGGGUGGAGAGAGCUGGAAGGAGCAUCACUGUGAACACACCCAAGAAGAACUCAACCAGAUACUCAACGGCAUGGACGAGGAGCUGGACACGCCAGAGGAGCUGGAGAGGAAGCGCAUUUGCCGUAUCAUCACUAGAGACUUCCCGCAAUACUUUGCGGUGGUGUCCCGCAUCAAGCAAGACAGUAAUCUGAUUGGUCCUGAAGGAGGCAUCCUGAGCAGCACUGUUGUGCCUCAAGUGCAGGCGGUUUUUCCAGAGGGGGCCCUCACCAAGAGAAUAAGGGUUGGACUGCAGGCCCAGCCAGUGAGUGUGGAUGUAGCGAGGAAUAUCCUGGGGAACAAGGCCACCUUCAGCCCCAUUGUCACCCUGGAGCCCCGCAGAAGGAAGUUCCACAAACCCAUCACCAUGACCAUCCCUGUCCCGAAGAGCAACUCAGACCUGGUCCACAAUGGCUUCGGAGUGGACACUCCCACCCUACGACUGCUCUGUAGUAUCACCGGCGGAACAACGCCUGCUCAAUGGGAGGACAUAACAGGAACCACUCCGUUAACAUUCAUCAAUGACUGUGUCUCCUUUACUACCAAUGUGUCUGCAAGAUUCUGGCUGAUAGACUGUCGACAAGUCCAGGAAUCUGUCAAUUUCUCCACUCAGGUGUACCGCGAAAUCAUCUGCGUCCCUUACAUGGCCAAGUUUGUCAUCUUUGCCAAGACCCACGAUCCCAUUGAGGCCCGACUACGGUGCUUCUGCAUGACAGACGACAAGAUUGACAAAACCCUGGAGCAGCAGGAGAACUUCUCUGAGGUGGCCCGCAGCCGAGAUGUUGAGGUCCUGGAAGGCAAACCUAUCUAUGCAGAUUGCUUUGGAAACCUUGUUCCGCUCACCAAAAGUGGCCAGCACAAUCUCUUCAGCUUCUUUGCCUUUAAGGAGAACAGACUAGCAAUUUUCAUCAAAAUCAGAGACAACACUCAGGAGCCCUGUGGCCGUCUGUCCUUUAUGAAAGAACCCAGAAACUACAGGUCACUCACCCAAAAUGCCAUAUGCAACCUUAACAUCACCCUCCCAUCAUACUCCAAGGAGUCAGAUUCAGACCAAGAGCAAGAGGAAGAGACCAACAGAAUGCCAGAGAAAUAUGAAGAGACACCGGCAUCUGUCCUGAAAUCAGACCUGAUUCGAGAGCCAGACCUCCUGUCCGACGUGUCAGAGAUGAAACAAGAUUUGAUCAAAAUGACUGCCAUCUUGACUGCAGACUCCGUAGAGAAAUCCCCUUCCUUAGGAAGGUGUGGUCUAGAGAAAGGGACUGAGGAUGUGUCUGGAGAGCCAUUAGAAAUAAUGGAGAAGGACUUGGAGAAAGUCAAAGAGGACCUAGAGAAAGUCAGUGAGAUACUGAGGAGUGGCACGUUUGAGGGUGAGGCAGCAGAGGAGGCAGUAAAAGCAGCUAGAAUGGCCGAGGAGUGGGUUCUCCUCUCAGACAGUGAAAUUCAGGAGGCCAAAAAGAUGGCAGCUUUACAAGCGCAAGAACCUGUCUUACGUGAAAGUAGAGCUAACAGAGGAACCCCCAGACCUAAAGCAAUAAAAGACAGUGGGGACCUUAAGGAAUACCUCCUGGAUGCACCAGUAGGCUCCAAAAUAAAAGCUAAAAAAGCGCCAGCUGUGCAAGAAAAAUUCACUGAUGUUGUACUACGCAAAAGUGCGAAACCAUCUACUCAAACCAAAGGGCAGGACAAGACAGCUGCUGGUGAUGUUAAAAAGCCAGUCAGAAAGAAGGAGAAAGACCAGGGGCGAGCAGAGGAAUCGACAGAGUCAGGUGCUCUGUUGAGUGUGCCUGCAGCCGCUGCCCCGGCAUCACCUGUAUCCCCAGUGGUUGAAGAAACUCCCAUUGGGUCAAUUAAGGACAAAGUCAAAGCCUUGCAACAAAAGGUAGAGGCAGAGCAAAAGAGCAAAAAGAUAACUGGAAGCAAACCUUCACAGUUGCCUGUUAUGAGCAAACCCUCUCCAAAGACCAAAGAAAGCCCUAAACCAAAACAGGGCCACCCUAAAUCCCCCAAAGCCGGAUCAGAAAAACUUGAAGAGACAAUGUCAGUUAAAGAGCUGAUGCAAGCAUUCCAAACAGGUCAGGACCCUUCAAAGAGAAAGUGUGGCCUAUUCGAGCUCAAAACAUCCACUACGCCAAGCUCAGAGAAACCCACAACAUCAGAAACCAUCCAGUCAAAAUCAAAAGCAUUAACCUCACGUGUCUCUCAAGAACGAGAAGUAUCUUUGGAUUCCAAACCACGCAAGAAAGAGACCACUGAGCCAGACAGAGCAAAAGAAAUCAAAUCAGUUGCUGUUGCUAAUUCAGAGCUAACUGAAACUGUAGACUUUGGAAAUGGUGGCCUUGAUGAUAGCUCUGACAGCUCAAAACAUGAGGGUGUGGCAGACUCACUAAGUGCCAGUUCUGGAGAUGGAACUGCUCAUCUGAGCUCUGAGGACAGUUACAAACACGAGGGUCUUGCCACUCCAGACAUAAGCCCAGAAAGUGUGUGUCUUUCACCCAAAACUGGACAACAGACCUGUAAAACUUCGACAGCAACUGCCACAGCAGUCAAGAAAGAAUGUAAAGACACAAAGUUUGGAGACUCUGGUGUAGGGACCACUGGUGACCAACUGUCCGCAGAUUUGACUCUUCCUGUUUCUUCCAACGAGGCUGCAGAUGACCACUCUACAAGUGAGUCCCUGUCUGUUAGGAGGGGCGAGUCUAAGCCAACUAAACCUCAAAAGCUUACAAAGAGAAUUUCAGAGACUGUAGAAAGUUUUCUUAGCGAUGAUGAAAGCCCUGAUCGUCAGCUAGUGUUGCCUUUAGUUGGUUCUCCAUCCACUAGAUCCUCUUCUGAGCAUCAUGAAUGUUUAGAGCUGGCUUUAAAACAAGACUCCGAUGCUCUCAGUCCCUUAGCUGAUGACUCCUUGACAAUAAGCCACAGAGACUCUCUAGACGGUAGUCCUCUCAUGGAAGAAAACUCCUCUCAUAAGUCCCCAGAUUCCAUUGAACCUAGCCCAACCAAGGAAUACCCCCCUCAUGACUCCUUAGAGAGUAGCCCUGUAGAGGAAAAUACAAACCUAUGCUUUCCCUCAAAUCGAUGUCCACCUAGUAAAUCGUCUAGCCACCCAGAGCCCUCCAGAGCUACAGAAUUCCCCCACGAUGCUUUGCGUGGUAGGCUGCUUCGAGACCAUGAGGCUAGUGCUGAUGAUGACAGUUGUGAGCAGACAUCUCAGAUGACAAGUUCGGGUAAGAGUCCCCUCUCCCCUGAUACUCCUAGUUCUGAAGAGGUAAGUUAUGAGGUAAACCCCCAACCCCUUGAUCAUACAUUCCUCUCUGUUCCAUCCACACCGGCUGUCAUCCCUGAAGACCCAAAAGAAGAGAAUACAUCAGACAGCUAUGAAGCUAAGAGAAAUAUCACUCCAGAAGAGGAGAUGUUUAAGAUGGCAGCCAAAAUAAAAACAUUUGAUGAGAUGGAACAAGAUGAGAGGAGCAAAAACAACUCGAGAAAAGAUUUGUUUCCCUCAGCAGGUGCCAAAAUAGGCGAUGACAGCUAUGAAACAAUAGCGCCCACAAGUGAGAAGCUUGCGCAGAGUGAAUGUGGGCUUAAUAGACCCGCUGAAGAUUCAAACUUAGCUCUAUUUGUUGAUCCCUAUAAUAAAGUACAACCUCCCUCUCCUUUUUCAGCAGGUUUGCAUGAUGGCUCACACAGCAAUGAGGCCAAGAACACAACAAGAACACCAGCCACUGUCACUUCAGAGGGACCUCACUCUGUCUCAGACCAGCAUCAUUCAAAAUCCAAACUUGAAACUGCAGAACCAAGAACCCCGCCAUCUGUUAAGGCUGAUGAAGACAGUACCGCCAAAAAAACUGCUUUAGCAUCAAAUGCUGAAAACAGGACUGAUGAGCAAAAAGAAGAGAGCUUAAGGAAGUCAAGAGACAGCAAUGGAGAUGAUAAGGAUGGCCAAGUGGCAGGUGUUAGCAGACCACAGAUUGGUAGGGUAAAACAAGGUAAUAAUGUAACAGAUGAAGUAAAAGGAGAUCAACAGGAGCAUACAGAGGCUGGACUCGUACCAGUUGCCACAGGUCAAACGAAGGAAAUAUUAAAACCUCAGGUCUGUGUAUAUGAUGGCACAGAGGAGGAUGAUGAGGCUUUGGAACCUCCUAGAACUGAGUCAAAAGGUGUCACUGCAAGGGUAGACGCUGACUCAUGGUCUGCCAUGCGGGAGGAUGAUGCUGCUUUUGCAGCUCGUGUCAAAGAAGAGGAGCAGAAAAUACUCAAUCUGGUGGUGGACCGACAGUCUCUGCAAGCAACUCCAGACACAACACCUGGUAGAACACCAACAGAAGAGAGCACUCCUACCAGUGAGCCCAACCCUUUUCUAUUCCAAGAAGGGAAACUCUUUGAGAUGACCCGAAGUGGUGCUAUUGACAUGACUAAGAGGAGCUAUGAGGAAGAGGGGGGUGGUUUUGCCUUUUUCCAGAUAGGUGAACAGCCUUUAGAUGAGCCUCUUUUAGAAGAGGCCAGGCAAGAAGGUAGAUCAGCAGCAGAACCUGAAGUUGGCCUCAAUCUAACACUAGAGGUUAAGACUGAGGAGACUAAGAAAUCGAAAGAAGCAAGUGAUUCACAGCUUCAGUCCCCCCCUGAGGGUGAUCAGUCACCCUCCAAAGCUGAUGCCUCCCAAUCUAAAAUCCCAAAAAUGGGCAUUUCCGCUUCAGCCAAAUCUACAAAGAAAGAUCCGACAUCCCCUGAAGGUCUAGAGAAUAAAACAGACAAACGUGAGAAUGAAGGAUCCUUAGAUUUAGACAAAAAUUCCUCUGACCAAAUGAUAACAACUGUACAGACAGCAGAAACUACAGUCACUAGAUCAGUUUACUCUGAGCAGGGCCAAGAGUCCUCUGAUUCAUCUCCAGAAGAACCACAGUCAGUGAUAGAAGCGCCCAAAUCAACAGGCAAGUCUAAACAAAGUGCUUCUAGUAGUGCUAAAAAGACUCCACCCAAAACACAACCUAAGUCUGCUCCACAAGGUCGGGGUAAAUCCACAAUUCCCUCUCCAUCUCAUGCAACCUCCUCUUCAACCACUCUUAAAAAAGAGGCCUCUUUCACUUCUGAAUCUAAAUCUAGAAUUCCCAUAAAGGCCAGGCCUGAUUCUACCGUCAAACAUGCAGAAUCUACCCAAGACAAAAAACUCAAGGUCCCUGUAAAAAAAGAUUCAAGGAGAAAUUCUGAGACAGAUGCAGGUCCCUCAGUGCAAAUCAAAACCAAGACACCAGCUUCCAAAGCCAAGAGCUUCUGUGAGGGGGAGUCUACCAGGCCACCUGCUAAAAAAGAACAAAAGCGCCCAUUGAGUGCUGAGUCAGCUAAAUCUAAAGGCUUCCAGUCGAGAUUACCAGUCCGAGGCAAAAGCGGUCAGUCAUCUAACGCGGUGACACCCACUAAAGAGAAAAGUGAGCCACGCAAACAGUCCAUUGAGUUCUUUGAAGAGAUAAGCGAUGAAGCGGCCAAACUUGUGGCAAGGUUGGCACAGGCAAAGACAGAGAAAGAACAAGAGGCUGCCGCCGCCAACUCGGAUGAUGAGAGCAGUCUCAUUGAUCCAUCAGUCAUAGAAAGAGAAACUGAGAUGCAGUUCCCACCCUCAGGAGACGUCUUUCCCAUUAGACCACUGUGGGACAACCCUGUUGAGACACAGAUGCAGCGAAUCCCAGAUGAUAAAGUCCAAAGUCAAGUAGAUCCACAGGAUGAAGCGGAACGAAAAGAGCAACGGUUGGCCAUUAUAGCCGACCACCUUGGAUUCAGUUGGACAGAGUUGGCACGAGAACUGGACUUUAGUGAGGAGAGGAUCAACCGGAUAAGGAUUGACAACCCCAACUCACUGCAAGACCAAAGCCAUGCCCUUUUAAAACUCUGGCAAGAGAGGGAGGGAAAGCAUUCCUCAGAAACAACAUUGAUCAAAAGACUGACUAAGAUCAACCGAAUGGACAUUGUUCACCUCAUUGAAACCAAGAUAUUCAAGUCCACUCAGGACGACACAUCAUCACACACCUAUGCAGAAAUAGAACAGACCAUAGCACUGGAUCAUAGUGAAGGUUUCUCUGCCCUUCAUGAAGACAUUGACAGCCCCAGUCCAGUCAGGCGUACAGGGUCCGCACGUAGGAGUCCAGGCUCGGGGCAAGAGGUACCCGUGGUGUCAGUGGAGGACCUGUCCUCCAGUUUGUCAUCGCUUCACGACACAACGGGACGGCCAGAGACCGAUUCCACCGCAGUAGGCCUUCUUAGGAAUGUCCAGAAAGAGAAACUGCAAAAAGAGAUGGAGACAGCAUACUCAUCCCAACGAGUAUAUGAGGAACUGACAGACACGGUACAAACAGGCAGUUUUAAACAAGCUUCUCCUCAGACUCCAGAGGAAACCCAAUUUCAAACAGACCAUGAGGUGCAAAGCAAGUGGUUGUCUGCUACAACAGCGACACCAGGUGCCGGUCAAAUAGGUGUGGUGUUCACUGAUGACGGGUCAAUUCCCCUACAGCUACCUGAACAGAACUCAUACACAUCCCACAGAACUGUUACUCCAGUUCUUCCUGCAUCUGAUGAGACAUCAUGUUUCAAGUGGGACAGAUCGUAUGGACACUCAGAGUGGAGGUUUUUCCCUAAGAAAGCACAGUCCAGUGAGCCUUUUACCCCCACGUCUACUCAGUAUUUGGUACCACAAGAUGACGAUGCAGUAGUUUCAGGACAUCCAACCCUAAGAGUAUCUGACUUGAGUCCAGUGUUCAGUGACUCAAUUUCACCUCAGGUUUUGACUCAAGCCAACACCAAGGGAGCGUCUGAAGAUGCCGAAGACUUUGAGUUUUCCCCAGACUUUAACCGAGUUCUCUCAGACUUUGAGAAAACGGUCUCUGACUUUGAAUCAGAGCGUCCAAAGGACCUCAGAAAGGGAUCGGAAUCGCCCGAGCACUCUGACUCAGACGUGGAAUUCUUCGACUGCAGACAAGCCUUCCCGGACCACGCCGGGCCAGAUGAAGUGAAACUGGAAGAUGAGGUUGCGUAUCAUGUCUCUGAACCCCCGUCCCCAAUGCCUGGGAGCGGCACUGAUGCCAGCUUCCUGAAAGUGAGCUCUCAGUACACCGCUCACCCUUUCCUUCGAGUGGACGAUUGCAAGCGUUUCUCUUCUGGGAGUGAAAGUCUCGGUGAUUUAGCUUACGAUUCAGAGGGGUCACGGGAGUGUCGAACGGACGGCCCGUUGUGGGAGGAGCUUCCUUCCAGAGAUCAGGCAGGGUAUUACGAUGAUGAUGACUUCCUGGGAAGGGAGAUAGAGGAGGAGCUAGGGGUGCUGUCUUCUGAUAGCUCAGAGGAGGAGGUGCUGAUCACCAGGGUGGUCCGACGCAGAGUUAUCAUUCAGGCAGACGACCUACCUGACGUCCCAGCCCAGACCGUCACAGAGGAGAAGUACACGGACGAGCACGGCAACAUGGUCGUUAAGAAGAUCACGCGGAAGGUGAUCCGUAAGUACGUGUCGGCGGACGGCAUGGAGACCCAGGAGGUGACCAUCGAGGGGUCCCGCCAGGAGACGGUGCGGGUCGAGGAGGGGGACAGCGUCUCCAGGGUGGUGAAGAGGACGGUGCUGCACAGCGAGGGAGACCAAAGGGAGCUGAGCUUCUCGGAGCCGCGGGCCCCGGCCGCCGCCGCCGCCGCCGCCGGGACCUCGGCCUUCCAGGUGGAGCCGGCCCAAGGUCGGAAGGUCAGCAAGGUCGUCAAGACGACGGUGGUGAGAGGCGAGAGGACGGAGAAGCGGACGGGGGACGCCUCGCUGGCGGCGGACCUCCCCUCGGCCCGGCGGGACUUCGAGAAGAAGCCAGAUGCGUGAGUCGCGGACCCAGAAGAGGACUGUGGUGAGGGACGGCCCGGGGAAGCACGUCCACCUGGAGCGCGUGGACUCGCAGGCCGACGCCCUGCAGCCCGACGCCCUGCAGCAGCACCUGCACCGCCUGCUCCAACGCUACUGCGAGGACGACCAGGAGGACCAGGAGGACC